AUGCGAGAUUUAUAUAUGAAAAAUGGUCAAGGUUUUGUUCUUGUUUAUUCAAUAACUGCUCAAUCGACAUAUAAUGAUCUCGUUGAUUUACGUGAUACAAUUCUUAAAGUGAAAGAUACAGCUGAUGUACCAAUGGUAUUAGUAGGAAAUAAAUGUGAUCUUGACGAUGAACGUGUAGUUGGAAAAGAAGUUGGUCAAACUUUAGCACGUAAUUGGGCUUCAACAUUUCUCGAAACAUCUGCUAAACAAAAAAUCAAUGUGAAUGAGAUAUUUUUUGAUCUUGUUCGUCAAAUAAAUAAACGUGCACCGGUAAAUAAAGAUAAGAAAAAUAAAAAUAAAAAUCCUUAUCAAACCGGUCAACCAAAUCCAUCGGUAUCAAGUGGAAAAUCUGGUGUUGAUGGUUUACAAGCAAAUUCAUUAAAUCAAUCAUCUAAUGGAAAUAAACAAGGUUGUUGUAUACUUCUAUAA